CCGCUUGCCUUCGCUUCCAGACACUUCUCCCUGUAGCUAAAGAAGCUUUGCCGAUACUCCAGAAAGAUGUGCUCCCGCGGGUCCUGCCACAGCCACGAAACCUCCUGCCACGGAUCCCACUCCUCCUGCCACGACUCAAGACCCUCCUGCCAUUACACCAUCCAGAGGCAGCCUGUGCCGAAGUACACCUAUGUGACACCCUCCUGCCCCCCCAUGCAGGGCUAUUAUCCCCCCGUGCAGGGCUAUUGCCCCCCCGUGCAGCGCUAUUGCCCCCCAGCCCCGUACUGCCCCCAGUACACCAAGAACAUCUGCAAGCUGCCGCCGACAUGCCCCAAGUACUAACAGCAGGAUCUGGCCCCGGCACCUGGCACUCAAACAAAACCUCGAGCUUGUCUCCUCGCUCAUCACUUGAUAGCCUUGCCGCCUCUCUGCAAGAAAAGACUUUUUAAAUGUUUGGAGGGUAGCUUGAUGUUAGGACGAAGUCUCUCAGUUUAAUGAGCUUUUUUUAUCUUCUUUCUGCCACUGUGAAGCACACUGUCUGUUGGGAAUAGUUUCUUCCUUGCUUUGUUGCUUCAUUCUCCAGCAAGACAAUAAAAUUAUAUUUCAAGCCUA